CUCAGGCCAGUCAAAUCCAACCUUUUAUCUUCAGAAGGGUGGGCAGGCUUAUGUGCUCAGGAAGAAGCCCCACGGCCCCAUUUUACCUAGAGCUCACAAGGUUGAUAGAGAAUAUCGUGUGCAGAAAGCCUUAUUUUCAGCUGGAUUUCCAGUGCCUGAGCCCCUGUUGUAUUGCAGUGAUGUUGCUGUCAUUGGAACAGAUUUUUAUGUAAUGCAGCAUGUGCAGGGUCGCAUCUUCCGAGACCUCUCGCUGCCUGAAGUGGGCCCAGCAGAGCGUUCUGCCUUGUAUAUUGCAAUGAUGGAAACUUUGGCCCUGUUGCACUCCUUUGAUCUACAGUCAUUGGGUCUCCAAGGAUACGGCAGAGGACCAGGGUACUGCAGAAGACAGGUAUCAACUUGGAAAAGACAGUAUGAUGCAACUGCAGUGAACAAGCUGGCUGAGUGGUUAGCAAACAACUUGCCACCUGAUGAUAGUGAAGAAAGCCUCAUUCACGGGGACUUCAGAAUAGAUAACAUCAUCUUCCACCCAACAGAGGCUCGUGUUUUGGCAGUGCUGGACUGGGAACUCUCAACUGCUGGCCAUCCUCUAGCAGAUUUGGCGUACACCACUCUGUUCUACUUCUGGCCUUUCUCUGUUAAGGACUUAAGUCGAGGAACUGUCCUGGAUUUCAAAGGCACCGUGGAAACGCCUUCAUUUGAAGAACUGGUUUCCAUUUACUGUCGCUGUCGGGGUAUUAGCACCACUUUAUCCAACUUUAAUUUUUUUCUUGCUUUGUCAUGUUUUAAAAUGGCAGCAAUAUGCCAGGGCGUAUAUGCUAGGCAUCUCAUUGGAAAUGCUUCUGCAGAGAAUAGCCAUGAAUUUGCCAAAAUUGUGAAGCCGUUGGCAGAGAGAGGGUUAGAGCUCUCAAAAAGGUCAUUUUUCAGCAGCACACAUCACAGCAUUUCUGGAGAGCUGUUCCAUCAAAGUAGGAAAGGCCAAGAAGUUCUGCUGAAGGUCAAGGAGUUCAUGAAGCAGCACGUAUAUCCAGCUGAGAAGGAAAUAAUAAAAUAUUAUGCUGAACAUGGAAAUACUGAGGAAAAAUGGAAAAAACCACUGCUGCUUGAGAGACUGAAGGAAAUGGCCAAAGCAGAAGGUCUGUGGAACCUUUUCCUCCCAGAUGUCAGUGGUCUCAGCCAGCUUGACUACGCGCUGAUAGCCGAGGAGACGGGGAAAUGCUUCUUUGCUCCUGAGGUUUUCAACUGUCACGCUCCAGACACUGGAAACAUGGAGGUCCUGCACAUGUAUGGGACUGAAGAGCAAAAGAAAGAGUGGCUGGAGCCUCUCCUGGAAGGGAAGAUUAGUUCUUGCUUCUGCAUGACAGAACCUGAUGUGGCUUCAAGCGAUGCCACUAAUAUGCAGUGCGCCAUUGAGCGAGAUGGAGACAGUUACGUGAUCAGUGGCAAGAAGUGGUGGAGCAGUGGUGCCGGGAACCCCAACUGCAAAGUGGCAAUUGUAAUGGGCAAGACCAAAAACUCCUCAGCGUCCAGGCACGAGCAGCACAGUAUGGUCAUUGUCCCCAUGGACACACCUGGGCUGAAGCUGAUCAGGCCUCUCUCCGUGUUCGGCUAUCUGGACGAGCUCCAUGGAGGUCAUUUCGAGAUACACUUUGAUGAUGUGCGAGUACCCGUCUCCAAUAUCAUACUGGGUGAGGGCAGGGGGUUUGAGAUCGCUCAAGGUCGCCUUGGGCCAGGCCGCAUUCAUCACUGCAUGAGGUCUCUCGGCGCAGCUGAAGCCGCUCUGCAGAUCAUGUGCCAGCGUGCAGCCCAGAGGGAGGCUUUCGGGAAGAAACUCUACCGCCAC